CAAUGAUUGGGAGGAGUCGGUGGGCGUGGUUUGUGGGUAGGAUGGGUGGGGCUUGGAGGGAGCAGGUCUGUGGGUGGAAAUGGGAGGAGCUUAAGCAAAGGGGUGGGGUUGAUAAAGGGGCGUGGCUCAAAGUGGUAGAAAAACUCGAGGCCGCAGGGUCCUAAUUAGAGCUGAGUGAGGGGAAUUGGGGCUUAGUGUAAAGGCAGGAGGAGCUUAGAGUAGAAGGGGUGGAGUUUGUACCGAGGCGUGGCUUAGAGAAACGUGGACAAAGUGAGGGGGUGCGGUUUAGGCAUAUAAUUUGGGGAGUCUUAGUGGAAAUAGCAAGUCUUUAUAAUACAGGUGAAUUGACUUAGGAGGCCUGGGGUGAGACUCGGAAGGGUUGAGAAAGUGAGAAGUGUUGGGUAGUCCGGGUCUUGGAAAGGACAGGGCUGACUUUAAGGCUGGGUUUAAAGACAACUUGAGUGGGGUUUGGCUGUAGGUCUUAGUGGGGAAAAGAUGUAGGACUUAAAGAGGUUAUUUGGAGGAACUUAGUGGGUAGUAAUAACUGCCACUAGAGAGCUUGGUCCUCUUAUCAUCCGAAUUUUGCAAGUGAAAAGAGUUUCAGUGGGUUUUAUCUGAGGUUCCAAGACUUGAAUCUUCAAAGAGUGGAAAGAGCUUACAGUGGAAUGGGAGGGGCUUGUCGAGGAAUAGAAGAGGCUCCUGGAACUGUGUUGAGGGACUUGGGACAGAGUAGGCGGGACUUGAGCAAGAGUGGGUGGGGCUUAGAGGAGCAGGAAUCUGAUCUCAAAGAGUGGGUGAGACAAAUCAUUGGGGUAAAGGCGACUGGGUGUGAUUAGGUAGAUGAGCAGAUGAGUGGGAGAAGGGUUUGUAGGGGAAUGGGCUUAAAGACAGUGGGCGUGAUCCUGGUGGGAGUGGCUUAAAGGUUAGUGGUCAGGGCUCCAGGGGGAUAGGUGGGGGGUCUGAGUCCCUAGAGUGUGACCUGGGAGGACUAAGGGGAGGUGACUCCCUCACCUUCCCUCACUGUCUCCCUUGCUCCAGAGAGCCCCCCACUCACAACUGCCCUCACGCCACGCCACCAUGGAUGACGCCCCACUGGCAGCGCCCCCUGUCCCUGCCCCGGCCCCGGCCCCAGCACCGCCCGCCGCCGCCCCCCGCGUCCCGUUUCACUGCAGUGAGUGUGGCAAGAGCUUCCGCUACCGCUCGGACCUGCGGCGCCACUUCGCGCGUCACACUGCUCUCAAGCCCCACGCGUGUCCACGCUGUGGCAAGGGUUUCAAGCACAGCUUCAACCUGGCCAACCACCUGCGCUCGCACACGGGUGAGCGGCCCUACCGCUGCUCCGCCUGCCCCAAGGGGUUCCGAGACUCCACUGGCCUAUUGCACCACCAGGUCGUCCACACUGGCGAGAAGCCCUACUGCUGCCUGGUCUGCGAGCUCCGCUUUUCCUCGCGCUCCAGUCUGGGCCGCCACCUCAAGCGCCAGCACCGCGGCGUGCUCCCGUCGCCCCUGCAGCCGGGGCCUGGGCUUCCAGCCCUGGGUGCGCCCUGCUCUGUCUGCUGCAACGUGGGGCCCUGCUCCGUGUGCGGGGGCGCGGGUGCUGGCAGUGGAGAGGGCCCAGAGGGGGCGGGCCCCGGCAGCUGGGGGCUGGCAGAGGCCGCUGCUGCUGCUGCCGCUGCCUCGCUGCCCCCAUUCGCAUGUGGUGCCUGCGCACGGCGCUUUGACCAUGGCCGUGAGCUGGCGGCCCAUUGGGCCGCACACACCGACGUAAAGCCCUUCAAGUGCCCGCGCUGCGAGCGCGACUUCAAUGCGCCCGCGCUGCUGGAGCGGCACAAGCUAACCCACGACCUGCAGGGCCCAGGCGCACCCCCAGCGCAGGUCUGGGCCUCGGGGGCUGCUGCAGGGCCUGAGACCCCCGCAGAGGGUGGCGCUGCGGAAGCAGGUGACGCCAGGCCAGCCUGGGACGGCGGGCUGCUCCUUGGCCGCGUAGGGGGUGGUGUGCCUGAGCUGGGGACGCUGCUCCCCGAGGGCGGCGGGGAGGCCCCUGCUCCUGCAGCCGCGGCGGAGCCAUCGGAAGACACACUGUACCAGUGCGAUUGCGGGACCUUCUUCGCUUCGGCGGCAGCGCUGGCCAGCCACCUGGAGGCGCAUUCGGGGCCGGCCACCUACGGCUGCGGCCACUGUGGAGCGCUGUACGCAGCCCUGUCGGCUCUGGAGGAGCACAGGCGAGCCAGCCACGGGGAAGGCGGCGGGGCGGAGGCGUCCACGGCGGCCCCUGAGGGAGAGCCCACAUCAGGGGAGCCGGCGUCCACCUCCGGCCGCGGCAAGAAGAUCUUUGGCUGCUCCGAGUGCGAGAAGCUGUUCCGCUCACCGCGGGACCUGGAGAGGCAUGUGCUGGUGCACACGGGUGAGAAGCCUUUCCCGUGCCUCGAGUGCGGCAAGUUCUUCCGCCACGAGUGCUACCUCAAGCGCCACCGGCUGCUGCACGGCACCGAGCGGCCCUUCCCCUGCCACAUCUGCGGCAAGGGCUUCAUCACCCUCAGCAACCUCUCCAGGCACCUGAAGCUGCACCGGGGCAUGGACUGACUGUGCCGCUGGCCGGCCCGGGACUGGACUCACGGCCCCCCGGGGAGACUGCCCAAAUCCCCACACGGGCCUUAAGUUGAAGGGCCCUGGGGCUGGCGAGAUGGGACUCAGGGCCCCCAGGGGACCGUCCAAAUCCAGACAUGCACCCUGAGUUCAGGGGCCCUGGCUGGAGAGGUGGGGCCCUCUGCUGGGGGUCCGGGGUCUAUGAAGACUGGAGCUUGAGGCCUCCCUGGAACUUGUGCUGGGUGCCCCCUAAUUAACAGGCCUCUAGGCCGGAGGGGGGGGCCGAGGGGUGAGAAAUGGGUCUCCACAGGUACUUUUCACCUUAAGGGCCCUCAUGAAAGAUGGGCACCCCUCCCCCAAGGGGAGUCUGCCUCUCCCUGAGAGCCAUCAUUCCUAAGGACCUUGAUCUGGAGAACGUAGGGCAACCAUGCCCCUAUGUUUCCCCGGGUCCCCUCCGAAUGCUACCCAUCUGUCACUGGUGCCCUUAGGGAACAGGGAGCGCCGGAAUCUGCCUUCCCCUGUCUCAUUCCCUAUGCUGAGAGAGGACCAGGGCAGACGCCCCCUGCCCUCAACCCAUUCCCCAAGUAGGCCCCCCCUACUGCAGAAUGAAUCAACCCUAAUGACCUUCCCCAUCCCCAAGCACUAGAAUAGGCCAGUUGGAAACCCCCCCACCCAGUAGGAUGGACUGAUGCAGGUACACACCCUCCUGUCCAGUUGCAAGGGCUGGCCCGGGCUGUGGCAUGCCCCGCCCCCGCCCCGCAGUGAGUAGGGCAGACACACCACCCCUCUCCUGCGGCAUUCCCCGUCCUGUGAACCCAUCUGAGCGGGAGGUGGCGGACACCGGAGUCUCCCUCCUGCUCUGCUGUAGAACGUGUCCGUCUUUCCAUUCCUGUCAGUUUGUCUGUCUGUCUCUGUGUUCCUCCCAACACCAAGGGAAAGGAGGGUUUGGCUAGGGGGACCUCCCCAUGAGCCUCGACCUCACCCCCUCUUCCCAGUCCCCAGUGUCUCCAGGACUCCCAAUAAACCUCGUCCUGUCUGUCAGUCA